AUGUCGAGAGUUUCUUCUACCGAUGACAAUGAACAAAUAUUAGCUGCAGCAUUUUCAGCAAUAUUGGGCAAAGAAAUUCUACCUGAGUCGAAUGUACCACCACAAACACAACAGCAUGUAAACAAAAUUUCCAUAUUUGAUCAACAUUUAACAUGUUUUGUUUAUGGAAAAGUUGGCCAACAGGAUACAAAUAAAGAUGAAUCAUUUAUAACAAUAUACAUCACAAUUCUAGCAACGAAAACUACCUUCCCUGUUACAAUUGAAUGUGAUGCAAGCGUUGAUAAACUGAAACAAAUAAUUUAUGAAAAAGCAGAUAUAUUACGUAAUAAACAAAAUUUAAUUUAUUGUGGACAAGAAAUUGAUGAAGGUCAUCUGUUGAGUGAAUAUAAUAUUCAAGAUUCUAGUCAAAUAACUGUCGUACGUUUGAGAGCCAUGAAUUCAGACGAUUUGCUAGUCUUAGAUAAAUCUGCAUUGGAUACCACGUAUGAUUAUGAUUUUACUAAUAUUAAUGACAAUGGGAAAAAGUUUAUUCGUGGUGGAGUUGAAUACCGUCGCCCUUGUGGGUGGAAACGUUAUGCAAUUAGAGUAGCUGGAAAGUAUGAAAAUGAAGUCUGGCUUGGCUCGAACAAUAGUUCGGAUGAAUGGCCUGUAUCCUAUCAUGGAACAAGGCAUGAUGCAGUGAACUCGAUUGCACAGAAAGGUUAUGAUUUAACAAAACAUAAGCGUUUUGCUUAUGGUCGUGGUGUUUAUUCAACACCAGACAUUAACAUAGCAAAACCCUAUGCUAAAUCGUUUACCGUAAAUGCACAAGAAUACCUCGUAAUUCUCCAGAAUCGUGUAAAUCCAAAAACUUUAAUCAAAUUAUCCCAAAAUGAAACCGGAGUUGGUGAGUACUGGAUAUCGUCGAAUCCUGCCGAUAUUAGACCAUAUGGAAUUUGCAUAAUGAAGAAGCCGUGA